AGGAGUUUUCGGAAAUCUAACACCCCUAACAGCUUUUCUAACUCCAGCGAUUUAGGAGAGAGAAAAUUUGCAUCAAAGUUCAAAGAUGCAUUCUUUUGCAAACAGAGCUAAUGCGCUGCUAACUCUAGCAGUCACCAUUCUUGCAAUUAUGUGCGCUGCCGCUUCUAUUUCCGACAAUUUCAAUUCCCCUUCUCCUACUGCCAACAUUGAGGUGGUCAACAUUCAUAGAUUUCAGAAACUCUCCAGUGGCAAUGACGAGGUUGCCAUGGUGCUGAAUAUUUCAGCCGAUCUUCAGUCAUUGUUUACUUGGAAUACAAAGCAGGUGUUUGCGUUUGUUGCUGCUGAAUAUGAAACCAAAAAACAUGUACUGAAUCAGCUUUCACUCUGGGAUACGAUCAUAGAAUCAAAAGAUAAGGCAAAAUUUUCAGUUAGUAUCUCAAACAAGUACCGAUUUACUGAUCAGGGGAGCAAUUUGCGAGGCAAGGAGUUCAACUUGACAUUGCACUGGCAUGUUAUGCCCAAGACUGGAAAGAUGUUUGCUGACAAAAUUGUGCUGUCAGGACACCGUUUACCGGAGCAAUACAGAAAAUGAUACACCUAUUGAUCUCGUGGAGUUAAGACUAAGGUUGAGGUUAAGGAUGUUAACAUCACAUGUUUAGUCGAAAAUUUAGUCGAAAAGUAGUAAAGCUUUUGCUUCUUGCUGUCCAAAACAAAAAAAAUGAACUUCGAAUUUUCCAUUGUUAAACAUAUAAUGGAUUUUUUCACAAUACAAAGCUGAUCUCCACUACUGUCACAAUGAUCAAUGAUAUAGAAAAUAUAACUUUGGGUAUGACCAUGACUAAGAAGCAUGGCUACAAUUUUUCUUAGCAAUGUUGUCUUGGCUGAAAUACGGCUUUGGGCACUUUUGUAAUGACCAAUUUUGUGUUUUCCUGUUAGAAGUAUCUGCAGUCUGCUCCCAUCUCCCAUCGAGUAUCAAUAAUUGUCACGUAUUAAUGCAAGUUUUUUUAGCACAUUUUGUCCUCACUCGUACGCAUCCUGAGCAACCUUUUAGGGGAUACUCAUCCUAAAACUAUUUCCAACCAAACACGUUUAACUGUGGAGUAUCUUAACAUAUGAGUGUUUUGUACAAAGAAGAAAAAAAUGCAAAAUUAAAGCCUUUUAUUGGACAGUGACAAAAUUACAAGGCAAAUAUUAUACAAUUUCUGCUAAAAUAGGUGUGACAUAAUUGUAAUAAUCCCAGAAUUUUAAUGAAAAAUCUGUCCUAGCUAAUCAAUAGACCCUUCAUACCCGUAUAGAUUGCGAUUGACUUGGAAAGGUAUCCUGAUCGGCCUCUGCGAAAACAGCAAUGCCACGAGCAAAGGCGAAAGAGCCUGUACCACCAACCACUUUAAGCUCUUCUCUCUUCUUAUGUUCCAAUUGUUUUGCUUGAAUACUCAAGCUCCCUGAAUAUUCAGGUGUGCUGAAUGUCAGAUAUAUUACAUUAAAGGGCCGUCAAUGAUUGAAUUUUCUUUCAAGUAUACUUGCUCCUCAAGUACCAGAUUUGGCCACCUAAUCCACAGUUAAUAUCACAAAGCAUUUCUUUCGCAUAAUAUUUUAUCAGUAAU